CUGCACACAUGUGCUGUCACUCAACCAGACUGAGAGACGAGGAACAAGAGCUUCUAGUAGCCUGGAGACGCCCGUGUCCCUGCCUCAUUGCAAAUUUAGCUUGGACACUGCUGUCCAAGUCUCCAGUGUUGUAUCAUUUGGCAGUGGUUCAUUGUGAGCAGUAAGGAUCAGAAGCCAGAUGAUGAAGGCUGUGGCGGUCCUGGGUGCACUGCUGGCUGUUGCGUGUCAGGUCAGCAGCAGCAGUCGGGUAACACAGAGCGAUCUGAAGCCAGCUGCGCUGUACCCAUGGAGACACAGGAGUGCAGGUCCACAGGUCAGGGUCAAGAGAGACUGGAUCAUUCCACCAAUCAGAGUAUCAGAAAACAGCAAACAGGUCCCUGAAGAUCUGGUCCAGAUCAAAUCAGACAAGAUUUUCACCGGGGAGGUGAUAUACAUGCUGGAGGGACCCGGGGUUGACCAGGACCCCAAAGGCCUCUUUGAAAUUGAUGAAAAAACAGGAUGGAUCAAGAGCAAAAUGCCACUAGACAGGGAAAAACACAAGAGCUUUAAGCUCAAAGCUUUUGCACUUUCCCCAAGUGGAGAGAGACUGGAAAGUCCCACCACGAUUGAAAUCUACGUUUUGGAUCAGAAUGACCACAGGCCUGAAUUUACCCAGAAGGAGUUUGUUGGCACUAUCCCAGAAUUCUCUGUUCCAGGAACUUCAGUAAUGCAGGUUACAGCGAUAGAUUCUGAUGAUCCAAUGACAGAAAACGCAGCUCUGAGCUACUUCAUUGUUGGACAAGAGAGUAUCCCUCCUCACAGCAUCAAUAAGACCAUGUUUGGCAUUAACAACAAAACUGGAGUCAUCUACACUCGGGAUGUGGGACUAGACAGAGAUGUGGUGCAGUCCUUCAAGCUGACUCUGCAGGUGGCUGACAUGUCUGGAAUGGGCCUAACCUCCACCGGUCGUGCCAUCAUUCACAUCUCUGACAUCAAUAACCAUGCUCCGAAAUUCCAUCCUACCAUGUACAACAUGAAUGCAAUGGAGAACAAGAACAUUGCGGAAUUGGGCAGGGUCAAUGCGACAGAUAAGGACCAGAAAGGUGGAGAUAACUGGAAGAUUAAGUACACCAUUGUAAAUCCUUCAGGGCACUUUGCUAUCCGCACAGACCCAGUUUCCAACCAAGGCAUCAUUUCUGUGGCUAAGCCACUAGACUAUGAAUCCCAGGCAGAGUACCGGCUCAUUGUCAAAGCAGAGAAUGAAGUCAGGCUUAAAUCCCCAUACAAACAAAUACACAGUGCUACAGUCACCGUCAGAGUGAUGAAUGAGAACGAGGCUCCAGUCUUCUAUAAAAAUCCUAUUAAAGUGACUGUUGCAGAGUCCAUUGUUCCCGGUACUGUCCUGGUCUCAGAUAUUGCUCACGAUCCAGAUAAUUCCAAGCUAAGGUUUGAAAUCAUUCAGGAUCCUGAGAGUUGGCUUGCUAUUAACCAUGCAACUGGACAAAUCACAGCCAGGAGAUCCUUCAACAUCCGGUCUCCCCAUGUCAGAAACAACAUUUACUCUGCUAUUGUGAAAGUCAUAGAUCAGGAUGCUGAUGGUAUCUCUGCAACAGCUACAUUGGAGGUCAAUCUGUGGGAGACCAAUGAUUACCCACCAGUGCUCAUACCCUUGAGUGGGACAGUGUGCAGUGAUCAGGACAGAGAUAAACUGGGCCUUCUGCUUAGUGCUGUGGAUGAGGACAUGUCCCCUCAAGCUGACCCCUUCACUUUUUACAUUGCUGAUCAAAACGUGGCUGCCAACUGGACCAUCAUAACUCUUAAUGAGACCCAUGCGGUUCUCCAUCCACUGAUAGACAUAGAGAAAGGGGAAUUCUCUAUUCCUGUGGUCGUAUCAGACUCUGGCUCUCCUUCCCUUUCCUCUAAUGCUCUGGUCAACGUGACUGUAUGUUCCUGUGACAGUUUCGGUGACUGCAAGAGCUACACUGCAGCCGUCUUUGGAACCAAAAUGGGAAUAAGCUUCAUUGCCCUUAUGAUUAUUAUGGGAUGCAUUGCUCUUCUGUUGUUUCUGAUUGUUCUUGCUGUGGCGGUGAAUGGCUGCACAAGGCAGAACAUUAGAAAAGGAGGAGGUCUGCUGGUUGGAGUGUCUGAUGAUGACAUCAGAGACAAUGUCUUUCACUAUGAUGAGCAGGGAGGAGGAGAAGAGGAUGAAGAUGCAUUUAAUAUUGAUUUUCUGAGGAACCCAAGAGACAUGGUCCCUGCCCCAGCCUCAUUUUUCCCACAAAACUGCAGCCUGCCCAGAGGAAAACAACCUCUAAGAAAAGAUGCACCCCAUAACCUACCUUCUCCUACAUAUCCACGCAAACCUCCCGGAGACCCAACAGACAUAGAAGAUUUCAUCAAUGUUGGGCUUGACGCUGCUGACAAUGACCCUAACGUCCCACCAUAUGAUACAGCUCUGAUCUAUGACUAUGAGGGCGAUGGGUCGGUAGCAGGCAGCCUUAGCUCUAUCGCUUCCAUGGGCUCAGACGAUGACCAGGACUAUGACUACCUCAAUGACUGGGGACCAAGGUUUAAAAAACUGGCUAACAUGUACGACCCACGCUAGGCAGCAGACUGAAAUGUCCCAUCUUCAAUAUGAGAGAGUGGUCAUGAUGUAAGGACGAGGGGGCGGAGUACAUUGUUGAUAUUGUAGAUAAAUGGGGGUCUCUAUCUAUUCUCCAGUGAUCAGUGUAAAGGUCAUCAUUGUCAAAAAGAGACUGCACACACUGUCUUUUUCCUUUCCUUCAUGGGUCAGUGAACUAUUUCAACAUGCUGAUGUGAUGUGCUUACUGUGGGCAAGAGUGUAAAUGGCUCACAUUGUGAAAGCACCAACUGGAGGGAGGAACCAUGUUAGUGCAUACUGAUUACACAUGGUGCAAAAAGAGAUGCCUUGUUCAUAAACCAUGCGUCAUGUUCUUGAGAGAUUAUUUUAGCUGAUGACCAAUACAGAGGUAUGCUAAGCAUGUGAGGUACACAGAAGGAAUAAUUCACCCAAAAAAGAAAUUGAUAUUCAUAAAUUGUCAUUUACUUAUAAUCAAAAUUCUAAACCCAUAUGACUUUCUUUCAUAUAUCGAACACAGAAGGAUGUUUUAUAUGUUGGUAAGCUUCAGAGCUGCUCUUUUCUAUGUAUAUAAAAAGAUAUUGUCAAAUAUGGUGCAUCAAGUUACAUAGUGCCAAAUUUGAAUAGUAGUAACACCAAAGGACACUGGUUUUAGUGUAUAAAGAUGAGAGUGAAAGCACCAAUGAGAAAUAUUCAAUUGUAUGCAAUCAAAAAAAAAAAAAAACACUCAAUGGUAGGUAUAUAUCCCUCAUGUUUUCCACCCAUGGAAACCUUUAGUUGUACGGAAAACAGCAGCUCCCAAAUUAUAUAUUCUUGUGUAUGCAUUAAUUGUUCAAUAUCUACUUUUAAGACAGAUCGACUGAUAAAAUGAUUUAUUCCUUUUAUACAUUGUUAGUAUCUUGUGUAAUAAUUGUGCUUGUAAUACUAUUUUUGCUUGCCUGCAGUUAAUGUCAGUAAGAAAAACAAAGACAUUUAAAGAUAAUUAAUAUUAGGAAUAAUUAUCAUUUUCAUAUGCAGCAUAUUAACAGUUUGCCAAAUGAAUGAUGCCUUAAAUGUAUUUUUUUUCGUUC